UCGAAUCCACCCGCUUGCCGUCGGUAAUGGCGAUUCCGCGCCGCCUGCCCUGCCUCCCCGCUGUCGCCGUAGCCACCAGACGCUGGACCGCGAGCCUCGCCGUCUCCCAUGGUGGGACCGGCGCGAGGCCCUCGACGGCCGUCCUGGCCGCCGCCGCGACGGCAGCCGCGGCGGCGGGCCGCGCCUCCGAGUGCCAGUCGCUCCUCCUCCGCAUGUCGCGCCGCCGCGGCGCCUCCCGCCUCGACAUCGUGUCCUCCCUCCUCGCCUCCUCCCCGACCCCGCAGCCGCAGGUGUUCGACCUGCUCAUCCGCACCUACACCCAGUCCCGGAAGCCCCGGGAGGCAUUCGAGGCCUUCCGCCUCCUGCUCGACCGCCGCGUCCCCAUCCCCGCCGCCGCCUCCAACGCGCUCCUGGCCGCGCUCUCCCGCGCCGGCUGGCCCCACCUCACCGCGGACGCCUACCGCCUCCUCCUGUCCUCCGACUCCGAGGUAAACACCUACACGCUUAACAUCAUGGUCCACAGCCACUGUAAAGCCCUACAGUUCGAUAAGGUCGAUACCGUAAUCUCCGAGAUGGAGAAGAGAUGCGUGUUUCCGGAUGUGGUAACCCAUAAUGUGAUGAUUGAUGCUAGAUUUCGUGCUGGGGAUGUUGAGGCGGCGAUGGCACUGGUCGAUUCGAUGGUUAGUCAGGGGAUAAAGCCAGGAAUCUUGACGUAUAAUGCGGUGUUGAAGGGGUUAUGUAGGAAUGGAAGGUGGGAUAAAGCGAGGGAGGUGUUCAGGGCAAUGGACGAGUGUGGGGUGGCUCCCGAUGUUCGGAGCUUCAACAUGUUGAUUGGGGGAUUCUGUAGAGUUAAGGAGCCUGAUGAGGCGAUGAAAUUUUACAAGGAGAUGCGACGGCGUGGAGUCACGCCAGAUAUUGUGAGCUUUAGUUGCCUGAUUGGGUUGUUUGCAAGGAGGGGGAAGAUGGACCGUGCGGCAGCCUACUUGAGGGAGAUGAGAGAGUUUGGAUUGAUGCCUGAUGGUGUGAUUUACACAAUGGUCAUUGGUGGAUAUUGCAGGGCUGGGUCAAUGCUGGAGGCGCUGAGAGUUAGGGAUGAGAUGAUUGGCCGUGGAUGUUUGCCAGAUGUGGUAACUUACAAUACCUUGCUGAAUGGGCUUUGUAAAGAGCGUAGGUUGUCUGAAGCAGAGGAGCUUUUGACUGAGAUGAGGGAGAGAGGGGUUCCACCAGAUUUAUGCACCUUCACAACUUUAAUUCAUGGGUACUGUAGGGAGGGUAACAUAGAGAAGGCAUUGCAACUAUUUGAAAUGAUGCUGCACGAGCGUUUGACGCCAGACAUUGUGACAUACAACACUUUGAUUGAUGGAAUGUGCAGACAAGGUGAUCUGGGCAAAGCUAAUGAGCUAUGGGAUGAUAUGCAUUCUCGAGAAAUCUUCCCCAACCACAUUACCUACAGCAUCCUUAUAGACAGCCACUGUGAGAAGGGACAAGUGGAUGAUGCAUUUGGUUUUUUGGAUGAAAUGAUAAACAAGGGGGUUGUACCAAACAUCAUGACCUAUAAUUCCAUCAUUAAGGGUUACUGCCGGUCUGGAAAUGUAUUGAAGGGGCAACAAUUUUUGCAGAAGAUGAGGGAUGCCAAGGUGUUGCCUGAUUUAAUUACUUACAACACCCUAAUCCAUGGUUAUGUUAAAGAAGAGAAGAUGCAUGAAGCUUUUAAUUUGCUUAACAUGAUGGAGAAUGAAAAGGUUCAACCAGACAUUGUGACGUAUAAUAUGAUUAUAAAUGGAUUUUCUGUACAUGGUAAUAUGCAAGAAGCUGAUUGGGUUUACAAGAAAAUGGGUGCUAGAGGAAUUGAACCAGAUAGAUAUACAUACAUGUCCAUGAUAAAUGGUCAUGUUGCAGCUGGGAACUCCAAGGAGUCAUUUCAACUUCAUGAUGAGAUGCUUCAGAAAGGGUUUGCUCCUGAUGAUAAAUUCUGAGGGUAUUAUUUUCCUCAUACUGGAAUCUAAUUGAUGCUAUGGUUAAUUCAACAAUGAGAAAUGAAGGCAUUUUGCAGUUUGUUUAGAUUGUCAGGAUUUUUGCUCCAACAAGUAUUUAUAGACUUGAAGGUGGUUUGUGAUUUGGUACCAUCACACUGACCGUUGUAAUUUUCUGUAGGCAUCUGAUUAAAUUUUGGAGUAAAUUCCGUGGAAGUUUUCAUUAUUGGGUGGUCCAAGGGUAGCAAAAUUUCCACACAAGUGACCUCUCUAGAUGUGCUUUCUUCACCAAUGUGCAGAAAUAUUCUGUUAGGGCUCAGGAAGUGUGCUGUUGUUUUCUGGGCAUCGGAGGAUAGCAUGCUCUAAAUUUCUCAGGGUGAAUGCAAAUCACUUUUAGCAUGAACUAUUAACAUCACGCGAAACUGAUCAAAAGGGGAGAACUGAGCAUACAUAAAAAGGGCAAUCAAAAUUGGUGUACAAAGGAAGAAAUUAAACUGACUAGAGAGUGUAAAAUGUGCCCCUUCAAGCCUUACCCCCAAAAGAGCAAGGAAAAGAAUGAAAGAGAAACAGAGGUUAUGAGCACAAGGUUUUAUGCCAGGCUUUGAUGAAGUUAUGAGAAGUAGGUUUCUCUGCCGAGGCCGUGGUUGUAUGGAUUACCGGUCAACAUUUUGCACUUUGGACACAAAUCAUUUCUCUCCACCAUCACAAAAGUGAAAGAGGUGUGAAGAGGGAUACAUACGGACGAGUUGAACAAGCUUCUUGCCUGCUGGGCACGGCAGAUUACAGUUGAACAAAAUUUGUCUUAGGCAGAGUUUACAAAGAUCCUUGCAUGAUGCAUUUGCCAAGUUUGUAUUUGUAAAAUUGUUGUAUGUCCAAAGCAGCAGCAGGCUUCGUGCCGUUACCAAGGUUCGGUGAA